AAGUUGUGUGAUUUCUCGCAGCCCCAACGGCGAUGAGCAGCAGUUGGAGAACUGCAAUCAAACUGAAUGGAUUGGCAUGGGGAGAAGCGGCACUCUCAACCUGGCUAAGCGGCAGCUUUGGAACUGGAUUUGUCUUUUAGUGGUUUCUAUGUGCCUGUUACUCCGACCAGUGUGCUGCCAAAAAUGUCGAAUUCAGCGCUGUAAUGCAGAGUACGUGGCCUCAUUCUCACCCUCCGGUGGCUUGCAAGAGGAGGUGCUUCCAGAUGUGGACUACUGCAUCGCUCUGAGGGCCUACUCGUUGUGUACGCGCCGCACAGCUCAUGGAUGUAGAGGUGACUUGGUGUACCACUCUGCUGUGUUCCGCAUUAAAGAGCUUUUUGCACAGCACAACUGCUCCAGUGAUGGCCCAACGUCGUCGGCCAAAGCACCCAGCACUUCCAAGCCGCCAGUGGUGGACGUCUGCAACUAUGAAAGCAGGGUGCUCGCCUUGGGCCCGGCGGCCCAACAGAAAAAGUACGGACAUUGUGGAUUAUUCGGAGAUCCUCACUUGCGGACUUUUCGGGAUGAGUUCCAGACAUGUAGGGUUGAAGGGGCCUGGCCACUCAUUCACAACCGAUACCUUUCAGUUCAAGUCACAAAUGUGCCGGUGGUUGAAGGCUCCAGUGCUACAGCAACCAACAAGAUAACCGUCAUCUUCAAGUCCUACCAUGACUGCACCGAGCAGAAGGUGUACCAGGCCACCACCGAGGACCUGCCGUCAGCGUUCCAGGACGGCACACGAAGUGGUGGGAAAGGAGAGAGCCUGUGGAUCGUGGAGGGUAGCGGAGGUCUAGGUAUACGGCAAGUGAAGAUCCACGCUUACUACCUAGGCACGUCCAUCAUCGUGCGACAAGUCGGUCGCUACCUGACAUUUGCCAUCCGCAUGCCUGAGGACUUAGCAGAGGAGAAUGGGGGCCUGCAGUUGUGUCUGCACGGCUGCCCGCGCAGUGAGGUCAUCAAAGCCCACGUGCUCAACCGGCAGCAGAGCCUGCGUCCGCCUCGACUUAUGGGCGGCUGGUACAGGGAGGACGACGGUGGCGAGCUGCAGCCAGGCCUCUCGUCACAUGUGGACAUAUUGGAACGUGCAACCACAAAGUGUCGAGAGUUGCUGCAGGUGGAGGACGUUUAUUUCCAGUCGUGUGUGUUCGAUCUUCUCACGACGGGAGAUCCGGAGUUCUCCAUGGCUGCGUAUGGAGCCCUGGAGGACCUUAAGGCACUUCCGCCAAGCACUCUGAAACAAAGUUCACCCAGGACUCCACACACUUAUAGUAGAGGAACAGUAGUUACACAUUCUGUUUUCACAGCUCUGGUUCUUAUGCUGCUGCUGGUCUAGACGCCAGCUUGAGAAUGGAUACCCACCAGCCAGACUGUUCUUCAACCGUGAAACCCUCCUGGAAAAACAAACUUCAAACCGUCUGCAAGUGAGAGACGGAUCCAAACAGACUCAUUUCCAUUGAAACAUGCAGUGUUUUACUCUAAAAAAUGGAUAACGUCAGAACACUCCAGGCUUUCCGAAUGUGAAAUUAACAGUCGCUCAAAUCUGGAAAAGAUGAAGGCAGCUAAUCGGCAUAUCUUCAAGGUUAUGACCGAUUAAAGAAUGGAAAAUGUUGAUACAGUUAUGACAUUAUUGGAUGAAAUUAGCAUAAAAGACACAUAGGAUGUCCUCGCAUCUUCCUAAAUCACACAAGUUUAGGUGCACUUCAAACUUUGUACUCUCAUAUAAGAAGAUAUGUUAUCUACACGGGAUCCAACAACUACAUGAAAUGCUACCUAUCCAUAUUCAUUUGGUUCUGGGUCCAUACAUCCACACACUAAGCUACAGUCAUGGUAGAAAAAGACUUCUUCAAGCUGCUCUGCUUAUUAAGGAGAAAACUAAACAAAUUCUUUAUAUAAUAAUAUAUUGAAAGAGUGUAUAUAUAUGUUUUAUACGUGUACAUUCACUUGUGUAUAGAUGUUUAAAUGUGAUGUUUUCAUCUAGUUAGAUUGUAUAAAACUAAUAUGUGCUGUAUUGUGUAAUCUGUUGUUUUUCCAUAUUAAAAAAAAAAA